UUCACCAAGGCCAAGAACACGACAAAUUAAAAGCAGAGAUAGCCGAAAGAGAAAGGGAAAGCGGCGAGCGAAAGCGAGAGGGUCGAGGCCGAAGUGAGAGCGAGCGCGAGAAAGAGCUCUUAGAAUAUCUUUUGGCUAUCGAUUGGAUUGAAGCCUGCCCCAGCAUGAUAUCAUGACCUCUUCUUCCCAUUAUUUUCCCCUUCUCGUCUUCCCCCCUCCACCCCCCCAACUUUCUCUUUUGCAACCAUUCCAUUAGAAUCAAGCCCUAGAAAAGAAUCCCUCCAUUUCGUUUCUUGUAUACGCUAGUUUAUCAAUCGAUCUGUAUUUAUCUGCGAUCGAUUAUCUGGAGCAAUGGGAGGCGAUCUGAGCUCUUGCUCCCAAGCAACUCGUUUCUUUGUUUAUUCUUUUGGUCGGGGGUGAGCUGUAAGGCUUUAUCAGAUCGGAGAAGGUUUUCUUUUUUCUUUUUUCCUUUUCCUUUUCCUUUUCUUUCUCCGAUUCCGUUUUCCACCUUAUGUUUUUCUCGUUUUUCGGGUUGGUUUGUGAAUUUGGGUUUAGGGUUCGUUGUUUGUAGUUUUGCCGUGAUGGAGCCUCGCGUCGGGAACAAGUUCCGGCUCGGUCGCAAGAUCGGGAGUGGUUCCUUUGGGGAGAUCUAUUUAGGAACUAAUAUCCAAACAAAUGAAGAAGUCGCCAUUAAGCUUGAAAAUGUCAAGACAAAGCAUCCGCAGCUGCUAUAUGAAUCAAAGCUGUACAGAAUUUUACAAGGAGGAACUGGCAUUCCAAAUGUGCGGUGGUUUGGUGUUGAAAGUGACUAUAAUGUUCUUGUCAUGGAUUUAUUAGGACCAAGCCUUGAAGAUCUUUUUAACUUCUGCAGUAGAAAGCUUUCUUUGAAGUCUGUGCUUAUGAUAGCAGAUCAGAUGAUCAACCGAGUCGAAUUUCUUCAUGCUAAAUAUUUUCUUCAUCGAGAUAUUAAACCGGAUAACUUUCUGAUGGGCUUGGGAAGGCGAGCAAAUCAGGUGUAUAUUAUUGAUUUUGGUCUUGCCAAGAAGUAUAGAGACACUUCAACUCACCAACACAUCCCAUAUAGGGAGAAUAAGAAUUUGACUGGGACAGCAAGAUAUGCAAGCAUGAAUACACACCUUGGCAUUGAGCAAAGCAGGAGGGAUGAUUUGGAGUCUCUCGGAUAUGUUCUCAUAUAUUUCUUAAGAGGAAGUCUUCCAUGGCAGGGUCUUAAAGCAGGAACCAAGAAACAGAAGUAUGAGAAAAUUAGUGAAAAGAAAGUAUCCACACCGAUUGAGGCCUUGUGUCGGGGUUAUCCUUCAGAAUUUGCAUCAUACUUCCACUACUGUCGUUCGCUACGUUUUGAUGAUAAGCCAGAUUAUGCCUAUCUUAAGAGAAUAUUUCGUGAUCUUUUUAUUCGUGAAGGUUUUCAAUUUGAUUAUGUGUUCGACUGGACCAUUUUGAAAUAUCAACAAUCACAAAUUGCAAGUGCUCCUCCACGAGCUCUUGGACCUGGUGCUGGACCUAGUUCAGGGUUGGCCCCGGCCAUUGUGCAUGCUGAUAGGCAAUCAGGUGGUGAGGAAGGAAGACCAAGUGGUUGGUCAGCAAUGGAUCCUUCUCGUCGGCGAAUUUCAGCACCUGCUAUUAAUGCCAGUAGCUUAUCGAGACAAAAAAAUUCAGAAGGAAAUGAUCCUGGUGUUACUAAGGAAACUAUGUUUAACUAUUUUGGGCCGGUCAAACGGAUCAUCCAGGCGUGCUGCUGUUUCUAGCACUGCAGAUGCGAUGAUAAUGGGCAGCGUGGUGGAACUAUCAUGCCCUCGCACCAGAGAAGCUAGCCCUGGAACUUUCCACAAAGUUUCAAGUGCUCAGAGAAGUUCCCCUGUCGCAUCAGCACAGCAGAGGCACACUUCUUCUGGCAGGUACUUGUCUAAAAUCAAGAAUUAUGAGUCUACUCUUAAAGGCAUUGAGCGCCUUAAUUUCAACAAUGAUGAAAGGCUUUUGUAGUGAGGCUGCUAAUGAGGUUCUGCAGUAUAUUGUUUUUCUUUCCAUAAAAUUCAAAAUCUGUAGGAUAAAGCAACCAGGAAACUUUCUUUUCUCAAGUUUGGUUGAAGAAAAAUAUUGCUACCAUGGGCAAGCACUCUUUAACUGCUGAUUCAGGAAAAUACCCCCUGAUAAAAAAAAUGUUUUUUAAAAAAGGGGGUUUAAGGGGGUCUAAGGAGGUAUUAAGCCUUACCAUGCCAAGGCCUUAGAUAAGCCUUAGUCCAUAUGUGUACCGAGUUGCCCUGUGGCUCCUUUGUUUCUGUUUGUAAAUCUUGUCAUUUGUAUUACCGGUGAUGUUAUGUUUGUCAAUGGAAAGCCAUAGUCUGAAUUCAGGACUGUUUUUUUUGGUUGGAAAUGUUUAAUGCUAUUUGCAUUCGUAA